CUUUAUAGCUUAAUUAUAGAAUGUAUACUAAAUUGACUAAUAGUCUUGUCUAUCACAGGGAUUUUUAAUAGAUGGAUGGAUCCACACACGCAGAGGAGAAGGUGGGAGGCUGUGUCACGUGACACGCGGAUCCAGCCAAUCAGGAGUAAGUGCGCAAUGCGAUGGUGUGCAGGGGGACUGUUUUAUGAAAGGGCGCUUCGUGUUCAAUGAGCGAGUGUGUGAGAAGUUCGUUCACAUACACGCUUAGUAAACGUGGAAGCAACUUUAGUGGGGCAACAUAACUAAAGAGCCACAAAAUGCAACCGUAAAUAGUGUGAUCGACAUGAGCGCAACUUCGCUUGAUGCAAAGGGCUGCAGCGGUCAAGCGAUUCCGGGGGUCGGAGAAUAUUAAUGGCCCCGGGCACACGCCUGCUCACGUGGCCAGCAGCCAAUCAAAUGAAUCAAGUCGCCGCGGUGUAACUCAUAAAGAGGCUGGACCGGAGGGAGGCGAGCGCCUUGUGGCCAAUAAAUGUGCACGCGUGUGGAAUUUAUGAGUCCUUGAUGGGUGAUAUCGGUGCGAAAAGAUAGGAUGUAUUUAGAUGUGUAAUAUCGAUCAAAUACAGUAGCUGGUAGUGGAAACAAAUGUACCUGUUUUUUUUUUAAUAAGUUUGGAGGGGAUAGCAGGAAUGGCGUGAAUAAAUAAUGGAUAAAUAUUUGAUUGAUACAUUUCUUAGAUGGAUGAAUUAAUAUUUCAUAGAUGAACAGAUGGCUAGAUAAAUACAUGGGUUGGUCGAUUGCAAGAUGGACACAAGUGAUAUAGAAAGAUUGAUGGUUAUAUAAUAGAUAUCUUUAGAGCUAGAUGGAUAAAAAAUGCAGGCACUAGCAAACGAAAACAAACAUGGUAUGGAGUCGCAAUGACAAAACAAAAGGUUUUAUUGAUAUGAGUGACGUUGUGAUUGCCUGAUUUAAUUGUAGAUAAUAUAAACUAAAGUUGCCAAGAACCAAAAUCUUAACCCUAUUCUACAUUGAAUCAUAUGUGUUGUUAAAGCUAUAAAGUGACUUUAAGGACACAUCAUAUUGUUGGGCACACGUUUGGGGUAUUUUAGAUGGGUUGGGGGGUCAGAACACAACUACUUAAUUUAUAUAUGUACGACCUGGUACACGAGGCAGAGUCAGUUAACCCGUGGCAGCAAGCGUUUUAUGACGUAGUAGCAUUUAGUUGUUUUGGUCGAAUCUGCUAUGGUCUCCUCCAAGAGCCGACAUGGCUGUCCUGGUCCGAGUUGCACACCACCCUUUGCCGGGUGCUCAGUGGUAGGCAGACUGCUGCUUCUUUAAAAAAAAAAAAAAGGAACUGUGACAUGAAAAGCCCGUUGCAGCUGCGGAACCAUUUCUAUCGAGAGCAGCAGUUGGAUCCGAGUCAGUGCCACCGGCACCUUUGCGGACAGCCUCCGCGCUCCACCUGCACCUGCACCGACUGCUGCACCUGCCAUGGCCGGGAGAGCUGCGUACUCCGCGGGACGUCGCCGACGCACACCGCGGUAACUUUGAGGACAUCUUCGGAGACAUCUUCCAGGCGAGGCGUCCGCGACCCGACUCCCUCUAGUCAUGCUACUUCCUCCAGGCAUCCCCCUCCUCCUCUUCCUCGUCGUCAGCAGCAGCAGCAUCCGCAGCAUCCCGGGGCCAGCCACGCGAACGCCCCCCACCAUGAGACAGCCAUGAGCAGCUGCAGAUACAACGGCGGCGUCAUGCGGCCGCUCACUCACUUGAGCUCGUCCCGCAGGAACGUGCACGAGUUCGAUUCCGAGUCGCAGCCCCUGCAGCCCCUCUCGGCCGCGGACGCGUCGGACACCUUGGCAAGCUCCAAGCCGGAGAACCACUCGGCCGCGCUCAUGCCGUACGCGUCCGGGGACGGAGGCGGGGGCUGCGGCCACGGCGGGGGGAAAUCGGGCAAGAAGAAGAACCAGAACAUUGGCGAGAAGCUCGGCCACAGGAGGGCCUUGUUUGAGAAGAGGAAGCGACUCAGCGACUAUGCUCUAAUCUUUGGGAUGUUUGGGAUCGUUGUAAUGGUAAUAGAAACUGAACUCUCCUGGGGAGCCUAUGGAAAGGAGUCCCUGUAUUCAUUAGCUCUAAAAUGCCUGAUAAGCCUUUCUACAAUCAUUCUCCUGGGACUGAUUAUCAUCUACCAUGCGAGAGAGAUCCAGUUAUUUAUGGUGGACAACGCGGCCGACGACUGGAGGAUAGCCAUGACCUACGAGCGCAUCUUUUUCAUCUGCCUGGAAAUCCUGGUGUGCACCAUCCAUCCCAUCCCGGGAAACUACACCUUCACCUGGAACGCCCGUCUGGCCUACACCUACACGCCAUCCCAGACGGACGCUGAUGUGGACAUCAUCCUGUCCAUCCCCAUGUUCCUGCGACUGUACCUCAUCGCCCGCGUCAUGUUGCUGCACAGCAAGCUCUUCACAGACGCAUCAUCUCGGAGCAUCGGGGCGCUCAACAAAAUUAACUUUAACACUCGCUUUGUUAUGAAGACCCUCAUGACCAUCUGUCCCGGGACGGUGCUGCUGGUCUUCACCAUCUCGCUGUGGAUCAUCGCGGCGUGGACCGUGAGAGCUUGCGAGAGGUACCACGACAACCAGGACAUCAACAGUAACUUUCUCGGGGCCAUGUGGUUGAUCUCCAUCACCUUUCUUACAAUCGGAUAUGGAGACAUGGUUCCAAAUACGUACUGUGGGAAAGGAGUCUGCCUCCUGACUGGCAUUAUGGGUGCAGGCUGCACCGCCUUGGUGGUGGCUGUGGUAGCAAAGAAGCUGGAGUUAACCAAAGCUGAAAAGCACGUUCACAAUUUUAUGAUGGACACCCAGCUCACCAAAAGAGUGAAAAAUACAGCUGCGAAUGUUCUCAGGGAGACGUGGCUCAUCUACAAAAACACCAAACUGGUGAGGAAGAUGGACCAUGCCAGAGUCAGGAAGCACCAGAGGAAAUUUCUCCAAGCCAUUCAUCAAGCUCGAAAAUUGAGAAGUGUUAAAAUGGAGCAACGCAAGCUGAAUGACCAAGCAAACUCUCUAGUGGACCUUGCCAAGACUCAGAACAUCAUGUAUGACAUGGUGUCGGAUUUGAACGAGCGGGGAGAGGACAUGGAGAAGAGGAUCGCCUUGCUGGAGACCAAGCUUGAGACUCUACUGAGCAACUUGCAGGCUCUGCCCGCGCUCAUCAGCCAGGUGAUCAGCCAGCAGCACAGGGACUUCCUGGAGGUGCAACUGCAGCCUUACGACAAACACAGCCCCGAACGCUCGCAGUCGGCGUCGCGGCGGCGGUCGUCGUCCACGGCGCCGCCCACCUCCUCUGAGAGCAGCUAGGGUCCGAAGGGAAGGCCUCCAUUGAAGACUUUUGCCAUCAUAUGGCUAAGUUGCAUUUAUCUUAAAGCCUUAUGGCUUCAAUAAGUAUUAUCCCAAUUCUGAUGACAGAAUCCAAUGAUAGUGGAUACGUGCGGUUUAUUUUUUGCUUUCUAUUACCUCAUGACGCUUCCCUCAGUAAAGGCCUGUCGUCGGCUGGGAAAAUACUGCACUAAAAUAGUGCUUCCCAUUGGGGGAAUGGUUUGAGCUGGAUGGGACCGGAGUAACAGUAGAAAGCAAAUACAAGCAAGUGUAAUCGUUUAGGUUAGAAACAGCAUCAACAUUUAUGGCAAGAUUCAUUCGUAGCGGGGGUUCACUGCCCUGAGAAAUGUAACGAGAGAUUUUGAAUACACACAAAACGUAAACAUAUUACAAUUGUAAUAGAAAUGAACCCAAUUUAUUGGUUUAUGAUCUCCAAAUGAUAACUCCCCAUCACAAAAUUGAAACUACUUCUGACACUUUGUACCUCAGCCGUAAUAAUAAACCGUAUUUCAUAUCCUUCCUUCGUAACAAAUUUCUUUGUUUGAAAUUAUUUGAGUCCCACUGAUAGUUUUGUGCAAUUAACUUGCACACUCGUGAUAUCUGUAUUUGAAUAUUAGCAUGUUCCCACAUAUGUUAUUAUCACCAAAAGACCAAAUAAAAGGUAGUUGGUUGCUAUUAUAGAGCUAUGCUAGAGGUAUGCUAAAAGUACUUUAAAAAAAAAAGUACCUGAAAAUGAUUUUUAGGAAGGAGGGCGAAAUAGUGCAAAUUAAUUUGGGUUAUCAAAUAGUGAUUUUUAAAGUGGGGUGUACGCAGACUGACAAUCGGGGCAGAGUGGAGCAGUUAUUAAAUCAUGCAAAGAUCCAAUUCUUAGAUGUCUGUUUUGUGCUGACAGCGAUUUUUCCCGAUCUGCUCGGAAAUUGUAUCUUUUUAUGGGGAAUGUGCGCCCCCUUGUGGGGUUGCCCUUAAUAGCAGAACUCCAGAAUGGGAAGCAGAAACUAGAAAGACCAGAAAUAAUUGAACAAUCUACUCCAUAAAACCAUCGAUCAGAAUAAUCUUUUACAGACAACCAAUAAUUGGGUCUUUGCAGACUUGAAUCCGAUUAUCGGUAUGCAUGUACAGCACAUGAGUAAAAAUUCUCCAGCCAAAGUGAAUGCAUCAAAGUCUGUUACUGCACUUUUAUUAAUUGAUGCACUUCAUCGAUGACUGAUGUUUGGUGAUGUCUUCCAACUAAAGAGGAUUUUGAGUUGUCAAGGGUGGUUGAAUGAAGGCUUGUAUGUUAGGACAAGCUCAACGUACAUAUCUAUACAGUACAGAUGUCACAAACUCAGUAAUAAUGAAUCUUGUCUUGUCUUGCUGUGUUUCACUUCCUCCUCCUUCCUUCCUUCCUUCCUGUGCUCCUCAUGCUCAGCUGGACAACAGCGACUGAUGUUGAACAACUCGCUGAAUACCGUAUCUACCUUAUAGAAAAGUACUAUUUUUGUAUAUUUUGAUGAGGACAAGCACACCUCCUACUGUGUAAUAAUGAACAGCAACGAGGAUCUGGGCACAAACAGAUUCAACAUACCGAGCAUGUGGCGUUAGACUCAUCAGAAUGGAGUACUAUACAUAUAUAUUGAGUAUGAAAUAAAAUAUUUGAGGUGCUUUAUAGAAUGUAAAAUAAUUACGGACUUGUUUUUUUUUUUUUUUUUUCAAUUAUAUCAUUAUUCAAAUUGCAUUUAUUUUUACAGGAAAUGAUUCCGCUGAGUUGUAUUCAAGAGCAGAAAUGAUAAAUGUGGCUGGCAACUGA